UGAAAACAAGCAGAUGAUAAUGCAUUCCAUUAUAGUGAACCAUAAAUGGAGCUGAAAGACAGCAUAUAUUUGUCUUGGGCACAAUCUACGUUAGGUUGCGGGCAUAGGGAAAACUAAACAGCACAGAAGCGACAUCUAGUGACUAAGUGUAGUACCUCAGCAUUUAUGCAUGGUGUUGUUCGACUUCGUGUUGGACAGAAGUACAGACGGGGAUUGCCAUGGCAACAGGUAGAUGUUCGACUUCAACUAACUUUACACGAGUAUAAAGUUCCCAGCGUUGCAUACUGUUGCCCCUGUAGGACUAGUGCGCCAGUGGACGAGAGGGUGGAGAAGGACGUGCACACCCCUCCUUCACCUUACUUGAAGUGCAGGCCAGGCCUUAAAACCCGUCUGCCUAACAUUGUCUUCCAAGACAGACUGAUGCCAACAAAGUUCCCAUCAUUUCUCAUUAAGCAGUUUUGACAUUUUUGUAUCAAUUGUACAAAUCACUUCCUCACUUGAAUGUUUGGUAUCUGUUUAUCUGUCAUAAACAUGUUUGCAAAUUCUUAAAAAACAUUUUGAAAUGUGUAUGGCCGACUUACAGUAUGUCCAUUUUCGCUCAGGACCCCAAGUAGUAGCUCUAAAUGGCCUGGACCACCUUAGCUAUGCAGAGUGAUAUACCAUUGCUCCAGGCUCAACAUACUACUAGUAUUACCUUCUUUCACCUUUCACCUUCCCCCCUUUAUGCGUUGUAUUUCUUCUUGCGUGUUGUAUUACACCCACGGGUACAGUAGAUAUAAACAGUGGCUAUUGAUGGCCGCCGUUGAACAGAGAAAGGAGUUUACAGAAACUUUGCCAACAAGGACUGCUAAAUAUUGACCCGUAAAAGAACCACUUCAACUCAACACCCGUGCCAAUCAGCAUUUCAGUAGAAGCCCCAGAUGCCUGAUGGCCAGUUACCGGAGGCGUGCUGCUGCGUUUGUGUUGGUAGCUGUUUUUCUUACGACUUUUGAAUUCUUGUUUGUGACGUUGGACAAUGUCGAAAUCCCGAAGCUACUGCUCAAACCUCGCCUCUUUCGGCGGGUUGAAACCAGAAAAUACAACACGGACAAGCCUCCUCAACUCAAGCAAGUUAGCCCGCCAAACGACAUGACGACUACAACCCCUCAUGAGUACCAAGAGUUUGUACCAUUAACAAACAUCACGACGACAAAACCUCACCAACUGAAGCAUACAAAACCCCUAAACAGCUCGACAAAUAGCCCCCCUCAACUGAAGCAAGUGAGCCAAUCAAACAACACAAAACCUUGUGAACUAAAGCACGUCACUUGCCCCCCAAAGACAAAAACAGUCGUGUUAAACGGAGACCGCCUAUAUCACAAAGGUGACGACCUUACCGUGAGGGUGGUGGCAAGAGACGAAGGAGGAAGACCGAAGACGUACGGAGGAGACUUUUUCCGUGCCAGACUGGUCAGUACUGACCGUUUGCCACUGGCCAGUAGCGCUGGCCAUGUCACUGACCACUCUAACGGCACCUACACCAUGCAGUUCCCACUCUACUGGACAGGGAACAUCUCGAUAAAAAUCCAACUCGUACAUCCAAGUGAAGCAGUGGCGGUUCUACAGAGAGUGCGGGAGACUCCAAACAAGAGAGUCUUCAACUGCAGCUUCGUUGACCUAACGACGAAUGCUACACAAACACGACAAUGCUACAGCUCCAUCGAUGCCAGCAUGACACCUCGCCAAUUGUGCGAUCUUUCAAAACGGGACGUGAACGUAACUUGGAUUUGUGAGAAACCGGACAAACUCCCGUGCUCCACCAUCUCAAUGUGCCAUUAUGCCAGUACCACGAGCAGAGUAAAGACGCUGGGCCUUUUGUCUCAAAGGGAACUUUUCCAAGAGCCUUACAUAGAGGAGGAACUUAAAGUAGAGACCAAAGAGCCCAUACGUGUCCUUGAGACAGAGCUGGCCAUACCUCAACACCUUCCAGCGUGUACGUGGGACAAGUCUGCAGCUCAGGGGUACUGGUCGGGCAAGGUCUGGCAGUCUUCGGUCUGUGAUGUCCGAGUGUUCUCUAAGAACGACAUCAGACAGUGCCUGGCUAAUAAGACCGUGUAUAUGUACGGUGACUCGACAAUUAGACAAUGGUACCUGCGUUUGAAGAAGGUAUUGCCGUUGUUCAACGAUAAUAGGACCAUGGAUUCAACAGUCCUUCUAGGAGGAGACAACAGCCAGUGGAACAUCUCUGUUCGCUACCGGUUCCACCACUUCCCCAUUCAAACAAGGGGAUGGGUUGAUUUCCGUCAGCUCCGUUACAUUGCUGAUGAGCUGGACGCCAUUCACGGAGGACCAAACACGGUAAUAUUUUUGGGUCUGUGGGCGCACUUUACGGCAGAUCCGCUCGAGAUGAUCCAGUCGCGGCUGUACGCCAUACGGGGCGCCGUGCAUCGUCUCAAGCAGAGGAGUCCCGGUACGCGGGUCUUCGUGAGAACUGGGACAACGCGAGAACACAGUGGAGUGCGCUUGGAGUACUACCUGCUUGGGAGCGACUGUCUGGCUUACCAGAUCACGGAGGUGAUACGAGAGAUGUUCCGGGCGGAUCCUGACGUGGUCGUGUUGGACACAUGGGACAUGAGCGUGUGUCAGCCCGGCAAGGACAGCGUUCACCCAGAUCAAACGAUGGUGGACAAUCAACUCAACAUACUGUUCUCUCAUAUCUGCCCAAACAAAACGGCUUCAUAAACAGGAUAGAAAGGGAUUUUUUUUUUCACCUGUGCAAAAUAAGUGUUCUACUUUUAUGCUUAGCUAGCAAACAAGUGAUACAUAGUUUUAUUAAGGAGGUUAAAUGCUAAUUAUGCAAAUCAGGAUCUAAUGUGCAUUAUCAAUGAAGGGAUUCUAUGUCUCUGCCACAUUCCAUGACAGAACUAUUCAAACAUGUGACAUAUGUGAUUGACAGAGAGAGUUAGGCAAAUUGGUUAAGCAUGAAAACUAGAUCUAAUCAAUGAGAAAAUACUAUAAUCCUAUACAGUUAAGUGAUGGAAACUUCACUUGGAAGCUAUGUGAAGGGGAACAUU